CAUUAAUGUUACAGUGUUUCAGUGUUCUUUUGGAACUAGAUGCAACUUGACAACAGGACUCAUUGCAGGGCCUCUUUUCAAUCUCUAAUGUGAACAAUGUUCUUCCACCUGAUGUGUGUGGCACUGCUAGGCCUAUGGUUUUCCCUUUCCAUAACGACAGCUAGCUUUUCUUACCCAAAAACUCUGCCGUGUGAUGUUAGUGAGGCCAACAAUGGGAGUGUGGUGAAGGUAGACUGCACUGAGAGAAGCCUCAAAGACAUCCCCCGUGGCAUCCCAAGAGAUGCUACCAAUCUGACACUCACCAUCAACCAUAUUCCUAAAUUAAACUCCACCUCUUUCCAAGAUCUGGAGAAUUUGACUGAGAUUGACAUGAGGUGCAACUGUGUGCCCAUCAAAAUCGGACCCAAGGACCGUAUGUGCACUGAGAGUGUGAGAAUAGAGGAAAAUACCUUCGCCAGCCUGAGGAAUCUGCGAGCACUUUAUCUAGAUGGCAAUCAGCUCAACAGUAUACCUAAAGGCCUGCCUUCAAACCUGGUACUGCUGAGUUUGGAAGUGAAUCACAUUUAUUAUAUUUCUAAAAAAAUGCUCUCUGAGAUCAGAAAUGUUGAGAUGCUUUAUCUCGGCCAAAACUGCUAUUAUCGUAACCCAUGUAAUUUUUCCUAUGAUAUAGAGGAUGGUGCAUUUUUGCACCUUAACAAUUUAAAGUUGUUAAGCCUAAAGUCAAAUAACUUAUCCUUUAUUCCACAUCAACUACCAACAAGUCUGAAGGAGUUGUAUCUCUAUAAUAAUAACUUUCAAAAAGUCACUGACGAGGAUUUCAAAAACCUAACAAACCUUGAGAUUCUGGAUAUUAGCGGAAACUGUCCUAGAUGUUACAAUGCUCCUUUCCCAUGCAAGCCAUGCCCAAAUAAUUCAGAACUUCAAAUCAGCAAGACAGCUUUCAAAUCGCUGACGAAACUAAAGACACUGCGCCUGCACAGUAACUCUCUGACAUAUGUGCCAUUUGAGUGGUUUGCCAACACAACAGAGCUCAGGGUGCUUGAUCUCUCAUCAAACUUUUUAGCAAGAGAGAUCGGAGUCACAUUCUUCCCACAUUUCCUGGGGAAACUGGAAGAAUUGGACCUUUCAUUUAACUAUGAGCUGCAGAGGUACCCUCAAACUCUGAGAUUGAGCUGUAGUUUCUCCUCCCUCAAAUCCCUGAAAAUUCUCAGACUACAAGGCUAUGUGUUUCAGCAACUAAAGCCAGAGAGCAUUGCUCCUUUGAAACCGCUCACAAACUUAGAGGUUAUAGAUCUGGGUACAAAUUUCAUUAAAAUGACAAAUCUUAGUAUUCUCAUGGACUUAAAAAGCUUUAAAAUAAUCAAUCUGUCUAACAACAAAAUCUCUAGUCCCUCUGACGGCCAAGACACUGUUGGUUUCUCUGGAGGAGAGCCCUUGCUCUGGUCUCCCAUGUCAGCUGCUGAUCAGUACCAAAAAGAGGAAGUGAGAGAGAUUCAUUACUUCAGAUAUGAUGAAUAUGCACGCAGCUGUAAAUACAAAGAUAAAGAACUUGGUGUUAUUACAUCCUUUGUCAAAGGGGAAUGCAGUCAGUUUGGCAAAACUCUGGAUGUGAGCAGAAACAACAUAUUCUUCUUGCAUUCAAGAUUUUUAAAUCUUGGAGAGCUGAGAUGCCUGAAUCUGUCUGGAAACGCAAUGAGCCAAAGUCUGAACGGCUCUGAAUUCACCUAUCUGACUAAUUUGCAAUAUCUGGACUUCUCCUCAAAUCGCCUGGACCUGCUCUACUCCACUGCCUUCCAAGAGCUGAAGAGUCUGGUCAUCUUGGAUAUAAGUAACAACAAUCAUUAUUUCGAGUCAGAGGGCUUGACUCACAUGCUUAAUUUCACCAGAAAUUUGAAAAAUCUCAAGAUACUGAAGAUGAACCACAACAAGAUCUCCACUUCCACCAACACAGAGAUGGAGAGUGAGUCUCUAGAGAGGUUAGAGUUCAGAGAUAACCGGUUAGAUAUGUUGUGGAGAGAUGGGGACACCAGAUAUGUCAAUUAUUUCAAGAAAUUGCUUAAUCUGACUGUCCUCGACAUCUCUCAUAACAACCUCAAUUUCAUUCCACAUCAGGUGUUCAGCGGUCUGCCAGACAAACUGUCUGAGCUCUACAUUAAAAACAACAAACUAAAAUCCUUUUCUUGGGGCAAACUUCAACUUCUACGUUCUUUGCAAGUUUUAGAUCUCAGUGGAAACAGCUUAACUACUGUUCCACGCAUGCUGUCAAACUGUACCAAAUCGCUCAAGAAGCUCAUUUUACAUAAGAACCAAAUCCAAAAACUCACGCCAGAUUUCCUCAAAGAUGCCUACAACUUAAAAUAUCUGGAUCUUAGUUUCAAUCGCAUAGAGCACAUUGAGAAAUCUAGCUUUCCAGAUGAUGUUGUUAAUCAGAUGGACAUGCUGCUUUUACACAAAAACAAAUUCCUGUGCAGCUGCAGUGCCAUUUGGUUUGUCACGUGGCUCAAUGCAACCACAGUGACCAUUCCCAGAUUGGCCACAGAUGUCAUCUGUGCAUCCCCAGGAGCACAAAGAGGUCAUCCUGUGGUGUCAGUGGACCUGCUAACUUGCCAGCACAGAUACCUCUCUAUCAUCCUCUACAUCUUUACAACUUCCUUCAUCCUCAGCUUCUUCGCCCUGUCAAUCUCUAGCCACCUCUUCCUGUGGGACGUCUGGUACAUCUACCACUUCUGUAGGGCCAAGCUCAAAGGCUACAACCGCCUGCACUCCCAAAGCUCUGUCUAUGAUGCCUUUGUGAUAUAUGACAAGGAGGAUCCUGCAGUGUCCGAGUGGGUGAUGAAGGAAAUGUGUGUUCAUCUGGAGGACCGCGGCGACCGCCGCCUGACGCUGUGUCUGGAGGAACGGGACUGGAUCCCUGGAUGUCCCCUGAUCGACAACCUCUCUCAGAGCAUCCACAAGAGCAACAGGACUGUGUUCAUUCUCACCAGCAAAUAUAUUAAAAGUGGCAACUUCAAGACAGCUUUCUACAUGGCCCACCAAAGGCUAAUGGAUGAAAAAAAUGAUGUUAUCAUAAUGAUAUUCUUGGAAAAAUUACCUUGCAACUCAAAGUAUCUGAGGUUAAGGAAGAGACUGUAUAAACGGUCUGUGCUGGAAUGGCCAACAAACCCUCAGGCCCAACCAUACUUCUGGUUCAGCCUGAGAAGUGUAUUAUCCACGGAAAGCCACAAACAAUACAACAAUCUCUUCAAAGAAACGCUGUAAACAGAACAACAUACC